AGGCUACUGUCCAUUUAGGAGUUGUUGUCAACCUCAGUUAUGGAAAGUAAAUUACCUAUCCAUGUACCAGGAACGGAUUUGAUUGGGUGUGUUAUUAAUUAAUGACUCCUGGGCAGGAUAUUAAGCAUUUGGCCUUUUUGAUUGACCUCUACUGACCGUCUGGAUGGCUCAUUGAGCUAUUAAAGAAGCGAUUGCUGAGACAGGGGGCGCGUCAGUAGUACUAAUAUAGAUGCUAACCACUGCUUUAUGUAGCCUAAUAGAGACAGUUUAUCAUGGAGGACUCCACAGAAUUCAUCCUCCAGGAUCAAGGCUCCAGGAUGAUCUAUGGCAGUAAGGACAACCCCAUCCUGACAGCUGCUACUGGGGCUUUGCUCGCUGGCCUCUACGGGAUGUGGACUAUGUUUGCCCUUCCUGGCUUCCGCAAAGUGCCAAGAAGACUCAAGGUGCCUUACCUGCCCUCGAGUAAAGCUCAGAUCGUAAACGCCAUGCAGCUGCUGGAGGGACGCAGAGGCCAACUAGCUGAUCUGGGAUCAGGAGACGGGAGACUGGUGUUUGCUGCCUACUCUGUUGGCCUCCAGUGCACUGGAUUUGAGAUCAACUCCAUGUUGCUGGCAUAUGCUAGAGUGAAGGCACGCUGGAGAGGAGUACCACCCAGCCAGGCAAACUUUGUCAACAAGGACUUCUGGAAGACUGAUUUGUCAAACUACAACAACGUGACUGUAUUCCUAGCCCCAGGAUUGAUGGAGGUGUUGGGUGAGAAGCUGCUGAGGGAGCUUCCUGAUGACGCGCAUAUCAUCGCCUGCCGCUUCCCCUUCCCCCAGUGGCCCCACCGAGCCUCGCAGGGCGACGGCCUCGACCAGGCCUGGGCCUAUGACAUCAGCACUGUGCGCUCAGCCCUGGGCCAGGCAUGACCCUAUGACAUCAUACUGUGCAUCGAUGACUGGAUUAAUCCUAAUGUCAUUCACUGGUUCACACCAAACCCAAUAUAUGCUAAUUAACACCCCAAUCAAAUGACAAACCCUGUAUCGCCAACUGCGUCUUUCUUUGUAUACAUUUUGUUUGUUGAUUUAUUGAACAAUAUAUGAAGGGUGAGGUGUGUGCCAAGCUUCAUUGGUCAAACGUAAAGGAAGGGAAUUAUAAACAUGUCCUUACACUGUGAUUAAACCAGGUGCCAGAUACUGUAUGUCCUGUGAGAACAAAUAUGCAGAGCAUUUGAAAGAAUUAUGUAAAUUUCUCUUUCCCACUGUGGUGUGAAAGUAAGGUUGCAAACUGUGAGAGAAAUUAAUACAAUUCUAUUUUCUGGA